GAACCGUUGCGUAGAGGCAGUGUACUAGCUUCUAUUCAGCAACUUCAUCUGUAAGGACUUUUGGGGGUAGGCAUUGUGCUGUUUUUAUGCCAUGUCGUCCCGAUUUUCCAAGGUAUUGGACUCACCAGAUGAUUUCUCUUUGCCAAUAAAAACAGAUAAAAUGCUAUACAACAAGAGCAGCGUGGUUACCGAGAAGAACAAGAACGUUGGCGGGUCUGUUGACUCGGCUAGCGGUGACGAUAUGAAGAUUGAAAGAUCGGAGCUUCAGGUGAAGAGGGCGUCUAAGAAGAAUGCGUUUAAUCGUCAGAUGAGUUCGAAUUACAUAGGUACAUUUCCUUUUUUCAACUCUGUGCAGUCAAGUAGCCAUGUGGGCCCGAACAAAAAAGACACGGAGCUAACAGACUUGAACCACUUGCCGCUAUCUACUUCAUCUCCAAUAGAUUUGGCCUAUAAAUGCAUCAAUGCUCAAAUUGAGAAGGAUAACUCUGUUCCAACGUUGUAUGAGAUUUUGUCCAUGUAUAUGAUUGACAACUACAAUUUCAAUCCCAACCAGAACAAAUCCUCGUUUAGUAGGUUUGAAAAAGUGAACUUUUACGGAAUACCCGAAAAACUCUUGGAUCAUAACAACGACUCGCUUGUUACGAAUAUGGGCAUAUUUCCAGAAAUAAAGAGAGCUUGGCUAAGCAUUGAUAGUAAGUUGUACAUUUGGAACUAUAACGCUUCUCUUACCGACCAGGAGUUUGAUGUCAUUGAUGAUUUCAAUGGAACCAUUCUUGCGUGCUCUUUGGCCAAGCCAAAGCCUAAUGUUUUUGUUUCCUCUGUCAAUCAUCUUCUCAUAGUCGCAACCUCAAAGGAGAUCAGACUUUUGGCCCUGGAAUAUGACCUAGCAACCAAAAAGCUGGAAAUAUCCAACACAAAGAUGUCAGUGUCUGUCCACGGACUGAUAGUAAACAGAAUAGUGUUUUUCGAAGAAACAAGAGACAUUCUUUUCAGUGGUGCCGGAUCCAAAGACUCACUAUGGAAACUAAACUACUCCAAUUCUAAUGAAUGGUUUUCAAAAUCUGUGACUAAGGAGUGCCUCACCAACUCUUCUCUCGCUUCUUCCUUGCCCAAUAUACCCGUCUUGAGCUGGUUGAAUGGCGAGUCCUAUAAUUCAAAUGCAGAAUCAAUCAUUGAUUUGAAAAUCGAUCAGACUAGAAACAUCAUUUACACAUUGUCCUCCAAAUCAAUCAUCAAAUCCUACAAAAUACAUGUGAAAAACGGUCAGUGUUCCCUGGGACAGCCAAUCAUCAAAAGGGUGUCUAAUUUAUUGAAGGAAUUAUCUACCACAGCAAUCAACAUUCGUUCUCCCCUUCUCAGAUCUAACUUGAAAAUUGUCAACAUUCAUCCAGUUAGUAAGUUUGAAAACCUUAAUUUAUUUAUGGUUGCUGUUGCGUCAAAUGGUUGCCGAUUUUACAUCAACGGAAGCACUUUGUAUGGAGACAGGAUAACCUUGACUACAAACUUUGUAAAGUUUCCUCCAAUUGACAUGAAACUCUACCAAACUAUUGAGAAAAGAAAAGAAAAGAUGGUCAGCCAAAACCAGCCAAUUUCAAACGAUAUGUACAUUCAAAAUCCAAAUCUUAAAGCUGCUCCUACAGCUUCGUACACAGCAUAUAGUCAGCGAGCACCCGUGAACUCCAAUUCUUAUACGGCAUCCACUAAUAAUAAAGCAACAGCUGACAAGUCAAUUACAAAGUCUUUUUCGUCUUCUUUGGUGUCUGCCGAAGAAUUGAAAGAGACACAAGAAAAAUCCCAGCUUUUGAACAAUACAAUAAAAACAUUGAUCAUAUCCCCUGGUAUUUUUAUUGGUCACAGCAAAGAACUUGGCUUAUAUACCAGUACUCCUGACUACGGAAUUUUCAAAAAAUCAUCCCAAUAUGUGGAAGAUUUUGAGAUUGUUGACAACCAUACCAAUGUGUUUGAUAUUGUCCAGAUUACCAAGUCUUUUAAUGCAACCCAAAAACCUAAAGGGUAUGCAAACGAAUUUGCAUCACAAUAUACCGCAGAGCCACUGGAAUUUGCGGUUUUGACAAACCUUGGUAUCGGUAUUUACCGUUAUAGGACACCAGAUUUGGUUUUGGAGGACUCCUUAAACGACGGAGUGUUCAAACAGUUUGCUUACAAAUAUGGCUAUGAUGAAGCAUGCUCCACUGCUUUAUAUCUCGCCUGUAAGUAUGACAAAUCUGAAUCUUUCCGAAACAUAGCAACCAAGUUUUUUAUUUCCGGAGGUCAGAACUCUAAACUUGAUAAGUCCCACUCAGCAAUAAUUGAUAAUGUCGAGCCUAGUGAUAGAUUUUUUGCUGUGCUAAUUUUGUUCUCAAGACUCAUCCGUCAAUUUUGGAACAAAGAAGUUUUCAAGCUUAGAAGCGAGAUAAAAUUUGAUAAGAUGGGUUACAUAGAUCAAAAGUCAGUUAAAAGUCUGAAAAUAAAUAAACGAAUAAUCUUGAGUGGUUUGAACAUUAAUAGUAAGGAGCUUGAGUAUUUAUUAUGUUCAAUUUUGAUUAUGAUCAAGUUCCUGGAAGAAAACAAGAACAUCAUCCCAGGAUUGUCCAAAGACUUCAGCAACCAGAACGAGACAACUUCAUGGCAAGAAAAAGCCACUGAAGUGUGUGUUCAGGCAGAAAAGAUUUGCUUUGACUCUAUUUUUAGAUAUCUUAAUAUCGUGAAAGAGGGUUUGUCUUUUCUAGCAGUAAUGCUUGAAGAAGAUGGACUUGAAUCAGAGAACAAAAACUUUCAAAGUAUCAUAUCAUUCUUACCUCUUCAGUUGCAAGCAGAUUUAAGUUGUGUUACUUUCAGUGACUUCUUUACCAAAUCCGACAGUAAUGUUUCCAAGUUAGUUAAAGAGCUUUUAUCUUGCAUCAUCAAUAGAAGUAUUUCACAAGGAAACUCUGUUGAAUUGGUGGCAAACACAUUGCAGGAAAAAUGUGGAUACUUUUGCUCAACAGACGAUGUCUUGAUUUUUAAAGCUAUCGAAAAUUUGAAGAAAGCUAAAAGCUACUCUGAUGUCAAAGAUGAGGAAUUGAAAGUUAAAUAUCUCGAGAAUUCGAUCAAAUUAUUGAAGCAAAGCAGUGAUUCAUUAUCAGAAGAUGCGAUUACAGAUUGUGUGAACGCUAUUUUAGAGUUAGGAUAUUAUCCUAAUGCUGUUGAAUUCUUAUUGGAUAUAGCUAAUACUCCCGAACAAGUCAAACUUGCUACCCAAUUUCAAAGUGAUUUGCAAUUGUCUAUGGUGAGUGAUCCAAUCAGGAAAAAUAGCUUUAUCCGGAAGUUAAAACUUUACAACAUUGUAUUUCAAAUUUUACUGGAUGUUGAUAAGAAAGCGCUCUCCAGUCUUGAGCAAGCCUCUGAUGCUACUUUGAUUGGUAACGGUAGCGUUAGUGACAUGCAGAAGUCUAACUCACCUGUGUUUGUUGAUGGCAAUGGCCAGUUGAUAACCUAUUACUCGCAAAUAAGGGAUGAGUGCUAUAAAAUUUGUUUGAAUUACAAGGACAAAAUGUUUCAUUUUGAGUUCUAUAAGUGGUUUGCUGAGAACGGAGUCAGUGAGAAGUUGUUGUAUAUCGAUACCCCUUACAUUUUGGAAUUUUUGCAGGAUAAGUCUCAAAAGGAUUUAGAGAUGAGUAAGUUACUGUGGAUGUACUAUUCGAAGAAAGGUGAUUACUACGAAGCUGCAAACCAGCUCUACGAAUUGGCAUUAUCAAGAUUCGAUAUAAAACUUGUUGAUAGAAUCCAGUUCCUUUCUGUGGCUAAUAGUUUUAUCCAAGGUAUUGAAACACAGUUCUUGAAGCAUGAUACCACAAACUUAGCAUCUAGAAUUUCGGAUUUGAUUUCAGUAUCAAAUCUUCAAGAUGAGUUAUUGCUUACAAUUCUCCAAGACUCAAGAAUUGGAGAAUUAGCCAAAAAUAUAGCUAAACAGCAGUUAGACGGAGAAAUCUUAACAAUCAAUGAUUUAUACAACGAAUAUAUUGACCCACUAGGCUAUUAUGAGUUGGCAUUGAUUAGUUACAAGUUAUCUGACUAUAGAAAUUUCGAAGACAUUUUGAGCAAGUGGGAAUCCUUAUUUGAUAAAUGGUACAUUGAGUAUAAACGAAAACCAAAUUAUGAAAAUGAACUGUUUUUCACUGAUCUGAGCCACAAAUUUGCCAUUAUUGCAGAUAGACUCAAAGAUGUGGAUAAACUUUUUCCUAUAAUGAGCUUACUCAGUUUGAUGUUUAAAAGUGUUUAUACGCAUUUGGGUGAUAAGCAGAAAGUUGAACCGGGGACCGUGGUUAACUCAUUUAUUAAAAGCGGAAUUUCUUACAGCAAAUUGUACUAUAACUUAAGGAAUUUGAUUGAAAGCACUACUUAUGAACAGUUUGAAGGUUUUAGCGGUGUAUUGAACUCGGAAAUGAUUUUUUUGCUCGAAGGAUGGUACAAAAAUGACAAAAGAUUACGGGAAGUUAUAUCUGGAGAAGCAAUACGUAAGUUAAGGAAAUACGAUAUUGAUAACGACCCAGUCGAUAAGUAUAUCAAAGCUACGGGUAAUCCUCUAUAGUUAAAGUCUUAAUUUUCCUAUACAAAUGCUCUGUAAUAAUAAAAUGUAAGUAGAAACGUUUUAGUCAAUGCAUAUAACAUCACAGUUUUCCACAGUCUCUCUUUUUGCUUCGGUGGUAGGCU